AUGUCCGAACACACUUUGAAGCGGGUGGCAGUCAUUGGCGCUGGAAUAAGUGGUGUCGUGAGUGCUGGCCAUCUCCUUGCGGCUGGGCUAGAUGUGACUGUAUUUGAGCGAAGUGAAGCAGCCGGUGGAGUUUGGCUUUACGACAAACGGGUGCCGAUCGAAGCUCAGUAUCCAUCUACCAAGCCAUGGGAACUGGGAAAGUUCAGCAGAGACGACAGAGACGAGGUUGAACAGCAACGUUUGAUACAUGCACCACCGGGACCCUGUUAUGAGAGUUUGACUAACAAUGUGUCAACACCUUUGCUACGUACAAAGCUCAAUUCGUGGCCUGAGGGGACACUUCCCUAUGUUAAUCACCAUGUACUGAAGGAGUAUAUUCAAGAUACGGCCAAAAAGGCUGGAGUGGAGGCCGUGACUUUGUACGGUGCUCUUGUAACAAGUGUUUAUAAGAAAGAGCAGAAAUGGCAUGUCCUUUGGAAGUCCCUGCAUGGAGAUGCAGAGACCGGCCAGCUAGCCGAGAGAGAAAACUCCGAUAUUUUCGAUGCCGUUGUCGUGGCGUCUGGACACUAUCAUACCCCUUUGGUCCCCGAUAUUCCAGGAUUAGCGGAAGCGAAAUCACAAUGGCCGGUGGAAAUCGCGCAUUCGAAGUCAUUCCGCAAUGCGGAAGGCUUCGAAGGAAAGAAUAUCCUUUUGAUCGGCGGAGGUGUAUCCUCAGUUGAUAUUGCCCGAGAGAUUAGUCCAGUCGCCAAAAAGGUAUUCCAGAGUACCCGCAACGGUGCUUUUGAUAUCCCAGCCACUGCGCUCCCAGCAAAUGCCUCGCGCGUCGAAGAGGUGGUCAAGUUUGAACCUAAAUUGCUGGAUAAAGAGGAUGGAACCCAUUUGCCCUUUGUUGCGCAUCUUAAGUCCGGUUCGACCCUGCAUGACAUCGACAGGAUCAUACUCUGCACGGGAUACCAGAUGGUUCUUCCUUUUCUCCCACAAUAUAACGACAAUAGCAGUCCCUCUGCAAAUGACUUAGCUAUAGUAACGGACGGUACCCAGGUACAUAACCUGCACCACGAUAUCUUUUACAUUCCAGAUCCCACCUUGGCAUUCGUGGGAAUACCCUUCUAUACGGCAACCUUCACCUUGUUUGAGUUUCAGGCUAUUGCGGUUGCAGCGUUAUUUACUAAAGCCGCACAACUACCAUCUGAAAAGGUCAUGCGAUCAAUUUACCAAGACCGUGUCGCUGCCAAGGGCCUGGGGCGAAGCUUCCACUCACUCAGGGGAGAAGAAGAAGCCUACGUGAGGACCAUUAUGGAAUGGGUGAAUACCGGAAGAGCUUCCAAGGGGUUAUCACUUAUUGAGGGUCAUACUGAUUCUUGGCUUGAAGAAAAGAAGCUUCAGGUUGAGCGCUUGACUCUUAUUUUUCAAGGUGCCAUUCCCUACGGGUUUACUGGCAACUUGAAGGCACCGCAAGAGGUAAUAGCCGCAGCAUGA